AGUGCGCAAGAGGUAAAGAAACGUCACAACAGCUCUUGAAUCUGCGAAUCUUUUUUUCUGUGUUAGUUAGUUUUUGGAGUUUUUGGUAGUUGAAUGUUUAACAUAUUGUGAUGAAUUGCUCUCAAAUUAGUUUAUUAUUUUUAUUUUCCUUCAUAACUUCCUCCCUGUGCUAUAAACCCGUAUUCCUCCUCCAUGGAAUCCUCACGGGUGCUGAAAGUAUGCUCAUUAUGGAAGAGGAGAUUAAGAGGCUUCAUCCUGGGACGAAGGUUUACAUGACUGAUCGCUUUGGUGGAUGGUCCAGUUUGGAGAAUACAUGGCAUCAGGUGAAGGAAUUGGGCAGUGAUAUUAUGGAGAUCUGUGACAUGCAUCCUGAGGGCAUUCACUUGGUUGGCUACUCACAGGGAGGACUCCUUGCCCGGGCAAUCCUGCAAACAUUCACCAAUCACACCGUAAAGAAUUUUAUCUCACUCAGUUCCCCACAAGCUGGGCAAUACGGAACUGAAUUUCUUCACUUAAUCUUCCCGAGUCUCACCGCCAAGGCUGCCUUUGAGCUGUUCUACUCCUACAUAGGGCAGCACACAUCCGUGGGGAAUUACUGGAAUGAUCCCCAUCAUCAGGAACUCUUCUUCAAGUACAGCAACUUCCUGCCCUACAUCAAUAAUGCCAUUCGCACCACAAACUCCACACAAUUCCGCGAUGGUUUGCUAAAACUCGACAAGAUGAUCCUGAUUGGAGGACCAAAUGACGGCGUAAUAACUCCCUGGCAAUCCAGCCAUUUUGCCUAUUUCGACGAGAACGACGAAGUUAUUCCUCUCCAUCAGAGGGAAAUUUGGACAAAGGACACAAUUGGGCUGAAAACCCUUCACAACGAAGGAAAGCUAAAGAUACUCUCCUUUCCCAAUGUGAAGCAUCAUCAAUGGCAUCUGGAUGCACGUGUUAUUCAGGAAGCGGUUAUUCCCUUCCUCGAUUGAUUAAUCAUUUUUUUUCUCACUGAGGCUGUGUGUGAAUUAGACUAAAAAAAAAAAGAAGGGACAAAAUUUAUUUAAUUUUGUCCAUUUGGUUGUAAUAAUAUAAUUGCCAUUGAUUUAAUUGGAAAAA